CGGCCGGUUCCUCUGUGGAAUUGGACCCGAUAUUGUCUGCUGAACCAUGAAGGCUGCUGCAGUGCUGUUGUCGCGUCUCAGACUUCCAGUGCGUGGUGCCGGCAUCGAAUCCUCGAAUCAUCGAACAAUCCAACAAUUGACAUAUCAGAUCAAGUGCCUCCUCGCCAGGAACGACGCUCCCUCCAGCCUCUGCCGCGCAGCCCUGACUGCCGUCGAGACUCGAGAGGGACGCCCCUGGUCAGAUCCUCCCACCAACGGAAGCCUCGAAUGACGGCGCACACUUCUCCCCC